AUGAGUGAGAGGGUCCUCUGCCGAGAUGCAGGGGAAGGCAGAGAGCAGUGCAAGGAGGGGAAAGUGGCCUGGUUCUACCAAACUGGACCCAGCAGCCUUGAAAGUGUUGACACUCCCUCUCGUUGUGCUCUUCCAUGCGUUGUGGGGGAGUGGAGUCACUGGAGUGGCUGUGCAGAACAGUGUCAACCAAAUCUGCGGAUACGCAGGCGCUACGUACAACAGGAACCGAAAAACGGUGGAGAGCCUUGUCCUGCUGUGGAGGAGAAGGCUGGCUGCCUGGAAUACCUGACUUACCAGGGAGAGGACUGCGGCCAUGAACACGUCCCUGCUUUCAUAACUACCUCUGAAUACGGUAAAGAAAGAAAACGACGAGCAGCAUCUUCUCUCUGGCCUUCAGAUAAAGAAGACACUGGAUAUUGUGUGGAAUUCAAUACAGAAUCACUUUCACACCACUGUGCUUUGGAAAACCGGCCGUACGCUCGAUGGAUGCAGUACCUACGGGAAGGACAUACUGUGUGUGUGGCUUGCCAGCCUCCAGCCAUGAACGCCGACACGCAUCGUUGCUCUGGAGAUGGCCAUAAUGCAGAUGGUGGUAAAAUCUUACACUGGGAAGCAGUUGGCAACUCUCAGUGCCAAGGAACUUGGAAGAAGAUUCGGCAGCUGGAGCACUGUUCAUGUCCCCUUGUGCAUAGCUUUAUUUUUACAUAA